UCUGGUGUUAAGUGUCUGCCAGCAGUGACAGAGCUCAGCAUCAUGAACUCAAAGCAAAUCCUUCACUGUGUUCAGCAAAUAGAGAAACUAAAUACAGACAGAAGAUAUGGGGACAUCAUGGCUCUCCUUGGUGACCUUGACAAACUGCACAUCACAGCAGAGCAGCUGGAAGCAACAGAUGUUGUCAAAGUUCUGUACAGACUCCUGAAAUCCUGCAAAGAUGAGGGUGCGAAGAAGACAGUGAAGCACUUACUGACUAAAUGGAAAAGACAAUACAGUAAGGAGAGACAAGGGAUCAAAUGUACAGAUGAAAGGAAGGAUACUGAGCUCUCCUGUGAUGUUUCUGCAGUUGAUGAAACUGGAGAUGGAGAUAAAGGAAUUUGUAAGAAGAGGGAUUCCUGCUCCAGUUCACAGACAUGUGACACAGGGGCUUCUGCCAAACAACAUACCAACCUACAGACUUUAGCAGCACAAACCUCCUCUGCUUUUCCUGAUCUCUCAUCUGUAAGGCCCAAAUGUGUUCAGCUCCUUCUCUCUGCCCUCAGACCUGAACCUUCUGAUCAGGACAAAGCAGCAAGUCUGGCUGAAGACAUCGAGAAGAACAUUUAUGAGCACCACAAAUCUUGCCAGAUCAAAUACAAAAUCUGUGUGAGAAGCAAGAUAGCCAACCUUAAGAACCCCAAAAGCAGCCACCUGCGUUCAGGCCUGCUGAGCGGUUUGCUGUCCCCCGAGGCCUUCGCUCAGAUGUCUGUGGAGGAGAUGGCCAGCACAGAACUCCGCCAACUGAGGGAGGAGUACUCAUCACUUGGUGUUAAAGAGAGGCAGCUUCCUCAGGGUGUGGAGGGGACACAGACGCAGAAGAUCCGCUGCAAACAGUGUGGGGCAUCAGACUGUAAGGUGACGCAAAUGCCCAGGGGUGCACUUUUCUUACCUGCAUGGGUACGGCGAGCUGGUCCUGAUGAGGAUGCCAUGACUUUUGUGACCUGCAGCCUUUGUGGGCAGCAGUGGUACCACAGUGGCUGGAUCUGCUUCUAGAUCAAUUAUCACAUGCAGAGGCAGAUAGAGUUUUAAAUGAAGGGCCUCCAAGAACACACAAAAUCAUAUUACACAUUCUGUGUACGCGAAGGGGAUGAGCAGACUCUAUUUUCUGAUGAAACUUAGAUCCUUCAAUGUAUGCAACAAGAUGUUCGAGAUCUUCUUCCAGUCUGUUAUGGCCGGUGCCAUCUUCUUUGCUGUUGUGCAUUGGGGCAGCAGCAUCAGAGUCAGCGACACCAACAGAUUUCAUGAGAUUAUCAACAUGUCUCAGGCUGGACAAUUUUGAGACCGUGGUGGAGAGGAGGAUGCUGAGGAAACUGAUAUCCUUUGUGGGCAAUGAUGAGUAUCCUCUCCACCACACACUGAACAGACAGCAGAGCACCUUCUGUUAAAGCUCUGCUGUAGAACAGACAGAUAGAGGAAGUCUUUCCUGCCACUUGCACUGUACAAUAACUCACCACUGUCUGAUGUUUAAACUCUGGUCAUAAACAUAUGUCCACUAUGUACUCAAAUGUCAUUUUGCAUCAACAUUACAGUUUACUUUGCACCUCACAGUGUAUUUUUGCAUGUUGUAGUUUAAUUAUCCUGGUUUUUACCCAGUUCUGUUUUUAUACUUCUAAUUUAUUAUGUAUAGUAAUUUUGCUCUUAUGCUCUAUUUUUUACUUUGGUUUGCUCUUGUAUUCUGUUUUUAUUGUGUCUCAUGCUGCUUCUGCACUAUAAUUUCCCAGU